UUCACUUUGGGCACCGCCGCAGCGUGUAUCUCAGGCUCGGCCCAGUCAACUAAUCCUAGCACUCACCUGCCGUCGCGCGCCGCCGGGACCCUUCCACUCCGACGAGCUCGACGACGUCGCCGUCGUGUCUCAGGGGCAGGCUGGUACCGGAAGAGCGGUGAGCCGGUGAGGCGGCUGCGGCUGGACUGACCGCUGGACGCUGGUAGAUCUCACGGGCGCCUGAGGUAUGGUGCUUGGCGCUCGGCUCCUCCUGGGCCUCGCUCUGCUCGCCGCGCUGCUCGCUGUCGUCCUCCAGCUCUACCGCCUCAGGAAGCCGAGAUUGUGGACCAUGGAAGAGUUAGCAGUGUACAAUGGAACGGACGACAGCUUGCCCAUACUACUUGGGAUUUUGGGUUCGGUGUUUGAUGUCACGAAAGGAAGAUCAAAUUAUGGUCCUGGAGGUGGUUAUCAUCACUUCGCUGGCAGGGAUGCAUCACGAGCAUUUGUUUCUGGGAAUUUUACAGGUGAUGGGUUGACAGAUUCUUUGCAGGGCUUAUCUAGCAUGGAGGUAAACAGCAUCGUUGACUGGAGGAAAUUUUACUUUGAGAGAUACAUAUUUGCUGGUAAAAUUGUUGGACGCUACUACGACAGUGAAGGCAACCCAACAAAAUAUCUCAAGGGCAUAGAGGUGAAGGCUAAGAGAGGCGCUCAGCUUCUUGAGAAGCAGAAGAGUGAAGAAGCUAAAAUACCUAGCUGUAACUCGAAAUGGAGCCAGCAAGAGGGUGGUGAAGUUUGGUGCGAUGCAGGCUACCCAAGAUUAGUCAGAAGACCAGGUGACAUAGCUCUGACGGGGCAAGUUAGCCAGCGUUGUGCCUGUUUAAAGGAGGAGGAGCUGGACAAGCCUGGCCUGGUGGUGUACGAAGGGUGUGAUUACUUGUCUACAUCUUGCAAAGUGAGUUAGGAAUGCUGCAUCUCCCUCUCGCUCAUGUAGUUGUCUACGGCUGCUCACUGCAUAUCUGCAAGGCUGCUAACAGUAAUCAUACACGAAAAGCACCGGUAUCAGUAUGGGCGGUAUACAUCAUGAUCAUCAGUUUCGCAAGUAGUGGAUCGAUACGUUUCUGAAUAUACAGAGCAGUCAUCUUGCUCCUAAAUUGAAGAUACGCAAUUGAUUGGAAGACUACUUGCAAUCAAACCAUAUGAUGGCAAUACAGUGCCCCAUGCUUUAUACAUGUAUCGCUGCGAAUGCAGAGGCUGCCCAUGAUAUUCAUAGCCAUGGGGGGCCUUGGGCUAUAGAUUGAUAAACCCUAGCGGCUAGCUUCACGAUGCAGUCAAGGAGGGUCCUCUGCUGUUUUUUUUUUCUUUUUCAUGAUCCUUGCACCUCGAUGUCCUGAGAAGACUGUUCAGGGGUUAAUAACAGAUUCUGAUUUUUUUGGCUUGCACGAGCUAGGAAAUCAACUAACCACAAUGCUCACAAGUCCUACCGAAACUUUAGGGUUGUUUGGUUGGUUACCACACAGCUUGUCUAAGUUUAUCGCAACUCAAGUUACUCAAAUUUGA